AUGGCGGAGAUCGGCCAGUAUGCGAAGCUCAGUCUGGAAUCCGACCUUGUUGGAUAUUCGCAAAUGAUUUGGCAUGAAGUUCUGAAGUGGCCGGCUGAGGAAUAUCAGAUUUUCCUGAUGCAGGUGCGAAAGGAUCUUCGGAACAAGAAACUUCACCCUUACUUCAAGGUUCGCUUUGUCUGGGGCCGAAAGCCUGAGACCGAACAUAAGUGA